GCCAAAGCAGUCAGACGGAGACACGCACAUUGCAGCCGCUUUCUUCCUUCGGCUCGGGAAUAUUCCUGACACAAGUGCAUCUUCGUGGUGGGUUGCUAUUUUGAGAACUGGAGGAAUACUCACGCUAUAGAAACAGUGAAGAGCCUGUUAAAGGAUGUCACUUAUUUCUCUAUAAACCUCGCGUGGUUCCGCACUGCGCACGAGCCAUAUUUGGAUUAUCGAACUCUCUUCGGAUGAAUUUGAUCAUAAUGAAGCGAUCUGGCGAAUGAAUUUGAGUUUGGUUCGCACAAAGUAUCACUCGCGUCCCUUUACGCGUCUGGACCCCGAUGAGAGAUCCCACCAGUGGCUCAAGAUCGUUUUUACGCAGCCAGUCACCGGAUCGGAACGUCACCAGUGUUGGGUGUCGGCAAACAAGAGUGGAAAAGGCGCCAGUGGGCAGAGCCGAGUCUCUGUUAGAGCCGUCGCGUCAGGCCAAGAGGCUUCCCAUCAGGAUUGUAAAGAUGUUGACGGCGCACAGCGGCCACUUGCUUCACCCGGAGUACCUUCAACCCCUUCAGUCCGCACCAGUCAGCAUCGAGCUGGAUGCCAAAAAGAGUCCAUUAGCUUUGCUGGCUCAGACAUGCUCUCAAAUUGGCAAACCGGACCCUCCGUCUGCUUCCAAGCUUGCCUCCCUCUCCUCCGGCAGUUUGGGAGACAAAGAGUCCACGGGCCGAUCGUCCAAGUCCGCAGAGCAGCACCAGUCUUCGGAGGACAAGUCCAGCUUCAAACCUUACUCUAAGUCAUCAGGUGACUGCCGUAAAGAAGCUCAAGUGUCCAAGGGAUCUUCAGAUAAAACUUUCAGAGUGGCCAACGGAAGCUCUAGCGGUGUUUCUUGUCCGUCUUUUCCACCUCAUUCGAAAUCUCCGAGCUCUCCUCAACGUCACACUCCGAACCAGCCUCACAUACAAAGUCAUUCCCCGUCCACCGCACACUCACAGGCCUCACACUUGGACAACAAAGCUGCCAGUCUGGAGCAGCCCAGCUCGGACAUUAACAACAGCGGAGACAAAAAAGACUCGGAGGCAGCUAAGUCAGUAAUGGACGGGGCUCAGUUGGCUAACUCCAGCCACAUACGUGCAAGCGCCAACUCCAGUAACGCCAGCUCUGCCAGCAGUCCGCGGCCUGAAAGCAAGGCAGACACGCAGGCCUCUCAGGCUAACCUGGUCUCGGGGCAAAUCGCACCUGUGUCCCCUUUCAAACCAGGACAUUCGGUUUUCCCUUUGCCCCCUGCUUCAAUGGGCUACCACGGCUCCAUUGUUGGCGCCUAUGCAGGUUACCCCUCACAGUUUGUUCCCGGUUUGGACCCUACCAAGUCUAGUAUGGGGUUAGGACUUCCGAGUAAACACCCUAGUUCCAGUCCGCUGACCGGAGCCUCUCCCCCCUCCUUGAUGCAGGGCUUAUGCCGGGACCCUUAUUGUUUGACUUACCCCAAUGCGCCCCACUUGGGAGGAAGUAACUGUUCCACCUGUGUCCACGACCCCUCGAGCCUCAAGUCUGGUUUCCCGCUGGUCUACCCUUCACACCACCUGCACUCCUUACACUCUAGCGCCUUGUCUUCCAGCACCACACCCUCCCUCUCACACCCUCUUUAUACUUACGGUUUCAUGCUCCCCAAUGAACCGUUACCCCAUGCCUGUAACUGGGUGUCCGUCGGAGGCCCGUGCGACAAGAGAUUCGCAACUUCGGAGGAGCUCCUGGCCCACUUGCGGACCCACACGGCUCUACCUGGGAUGGUGGACAGUAAACUAUUGUCUGCGUACCCUUCGUCAAUAUCAUCGACAGCUUCGUGCCAUCUUCAUCUACCCCCGCACAGCAGCCCAGGUUCCCUGCCCAGCUCCUUCUCUCUUCGAGGGUCCCCUGGCUUGGGGCUGGCCCGCUACCACCCCUACAGUAAAUCUCACCUACCUGGAGCACCUGGACUUCCCAUGCCAUCCAUACCCUCAUCUUCAGCUUAUUACUCCCCUUACGCGCUUUACAGUCAGAGACUGGGCUCAGCCUCAGCGCUCGGAUACCAGUGAUAUCACAAAUAGCAGUAACAUUCACGGACGGCAGGCACCUGCUGAAGAUAGACUGCUUGGCAUCAUUCUGUUAGCUUCAAAACUGGGACUGUUGCUCCAAAGGGAAAAAUAUCUGUGAGAUUUUCUAUUCCACAAAGAUUCAAAAGAUUUGAAGCAAUUAAUGACACCCAAUAAGCAAAGCUUGAAAAUGAUGAAAAUGUGUUUUUUCAUCUCUUGAUUUUUUUUUUUUGUAUCAUUUCUGUUUGUAUUAAUGCCACCUAAAACUCAAAAUCUGUAUUUAUUUUCACACAAGCGCUUGCUUCAAACUCUUGGGGAUUUCAUUUUUCCUGUUCAAAAUAAACUGUUAAUCAAAAAUCAAAAUGCAUUUAAAUGUACUACAGUAAUGACAAUUACAAGACACACAAAAAAAUGUUUUGCACCACGCUAAAGAUGGACUAUGAUGCUUUAUUCAGACUCUGGAGACGUGCAUGUCAGUGAGCAUUAUUUUUAUUUGUAAAUAUGCAAAGAUGUCAUAUUUUUUCAAGCCUGUGUGUGGGGCAUUGAUUUGGGUUUACAAAUGGUACAAAUAUAAGGUGACAGAGGUCAAAUCUGUUAAUAAUGCCUGUAAUAUUCAACCAACUUGGGAAAGCCUUAUUUUAUUAAAUAAAUGA